AUGCGCCCUACACCGACCUCACAAGUCCACGGGCCAUCCUCCACGGACCAUGGUCUAGAGAUCCACUACCCCCAGCCCAAAUACAAAAUGGACUCCCCCGAGUUCCUCGGCCGCUCAGCUACCCCAGAGAAAAACGGACGUUCAUCCUUCUCAUCCAUCCGCGAAGAUAGCUGUGGUCCUGCACAGGCCUUCACCUCGUCUGCCGUCUCUACCCUCUUACAGGACUUUGAGAACGCCGUCGCCAUCGUUGCCGACGACUCUCCUGAUACCACCCGCUCCCAUUCGCCACAAACCCCGGAUAUGACCACCGAGGUCCAGUUCGUCCCUCCCGUCACUAAACCGAGCAGUAAGCUCCACGGCAACUGGUUCCCCGCGAACAAUUUCCGAGGAUGGAAGCAGAUCAACGUCAAGGGCAAGACGGCCAGCCGGAGCUUUGGUGACCUACAGGCGCUGCACAUGGCCUGGAGCACCCCUCCUGCUGCGGCGCCCAAGGGAAAGAACCGGACUCCGCCUGGCCAAGCACCCAUCGAGAAGCUACCCCUCGAGCUGCUAGGCGCCAUCAUCGAGCUCCUAGUACUUGAUGUCCCCCCUAUCAACGGUAUCACCCGCCGUAACAUGGACCUCAUGUCACUCCUCCUGACUUCGAGGACCAUGCAUGGGGCGACGCUGAAUGCCUUGUACAGGAACAUUACCGUCCCCCACUCCAGGAUCUUCCGCAAGUUCCUGGCCAACAUUGCGAACCAUCCCGCUCUCGGCACUAUCAUUCGCCGCAUGGACUUCAGCCACUUCAACAAUGCCACCCUGUUCGAGUCGGCUAGCCAGCGGAAGACGACCAAGAACUUGACGUCCGAGACCCUCCUGCAGUGCCUCGAACUCACGCCGCAUCUGCAGGAGUUCCUUGCUAUGGAGCACAUCGACGACGACCUGGGCCCCGAAGUCUUGAAGAAGCUCGUCAUGGGUCUCCCGAGACUGCAAGCUCUCGAUUUCGCGGGUUGCACGUCGUUUGCCUUCCGGACCUCGUUUACGUCGCUCCUAGGGCUGCCGUGGCCCGAUACGCUCUCCAUCACCCGCCUGUCGUUCCACAAGUGUCUCACGCUGCCGUCUUCCAUCUUCGAGACGAUCUUCCCUCGCCUGGCGCAAGUUACCCACCUGGACCUCGCUCAGACCAGGGUGACCGACAAGGCUCUGGAGUCCAUUCCGCACACUGCGAGACUCACCCAUCUGAACCUCGCCAAGUGCACCCUGCUGACGGCUCCCAACGUCAUCAAUUUCUUUGCCACGCACCCGGCCGUCAAGUACACGCUUGUCUACCUGAGCGUGGCCGCGGACGCACGCAGUCACCAGCUCUUGGGCGAGGAUGACGUUUCGGCCCUCAUACCGCUCCUUCCUGAGACGCUCAGGUCGCUGAGUCUGAAAGGCAGCAAGAUGACCGAUUCGCAUCUCAAGCUGCUCCGACCGUUGACGAAGCAUUUGGAGGAGCUUUCGGUGGGACGCAACAUGGACGUCCUCGCAGCCUCGCAGCUGCUAUGUCCGGCGAACACGGGCGAAACCAACGCGAAAGAAGGCGGGGACGAGGAGGAGGAGAAGGAAGGAAAGAAAGGCGAAGAGCCCGAAGAAGAAGGCCCCUCGACGGUGCGGUUCUUGGACCUCUCGGAUCUCUGGGGCAACGAGCUAAAUCUCACGCACCUUUUCUCCAAGAAGUGCUGCCUUCUUCUCCAGGACCAGUCCCGGCCUCUUGAGGUCAUCGAAGUGUCGGAAACGGCGUUCAAGAGCCUGUCGCGUAGCCUGACUCUGGAACGCGUCGGAUGGUCGCUGCGGGAAAUUGGUAGCCGGUACUGGAUCGUCCGACUCGACAAGGGCAACGACCGCGGCCACCGGUGGUGGAAGAUGGGCGCCGACCACUGGGGUAUGCGCAAGAUCCCUGUGGCUCGUUCGGAGGUGGGCGGUAUGUAUGGAUCUUUCAUGUUUGGUCGGAAACUUUGA